AUGCCGAAUACCGGCAAACCCAGCCAGGACUGCCACCUCUGCCGGCAGCGGCGCGUCAAGUGCGAUCUCGCUAGGCCGGCCUGCCAACGGUGCACAAAGUACGGCGCCGUCUGCCCGGGGUAUCGCGACCAGCAGGCGCUCGUGUUUCGCAACGCCGACCCGUCCACGCUCAAGCGGCGGCGGAAGCGCGCAGCGGCGGGCGGCGCCCAGCCAGCGCCAGCAUCUAGAGCAGACCCGUCGUCCUCUGCUUCGGGGGGCGGCGAUGAGAGGAGCCAGGCGCUGGUCACGGGUGCCGCGGCCCUCGGGCGGCAAGUCGCAGAGCACUGGACCGCGCAGUCGGUGCCGCUGCUCCUCGACGUCUACUCGACCAUGGAUUUCCUGCGCCACGUCUACACCGCCAACCACAGCAGCAGCGGGCCGCUCCUCUGGUCGGCGCACAUCUUCACGCGCACCUAUGUCCUCAACGUGCGGUACCCGACGCACGCGUCGGCCGGGCUGCGCGGGCAGGCGCAGCGCGAGCUGGCCAUGUUCAUGGGAAAGACGCUGCGUGCCGUGAACCGGGCGCUGGCGGCGCCCGGCGGCGCGUGCCGCGACGACAUCCUCGCGACCAUCUGGCUACUCGCCAACCACGAGGUGCUCGCCGGCACUCUCGGCCGGCAGCAGCCCGUCAACACGUGGCAGCUGCACGCCCGCGGGCUGUACAGCAUCCUGCAGGCGCGCGGGACGGCCGCGCUGCUCACCAGCGCGGGGCGGACCGCGUUCUGGCCCGCGUUUAACAUGGUCCAGCUGCAGGCGCUCAUCCUGAACACUGCGUGCCCGGCCGAGACGGACGAGUGGCUGGGCGUCUGCGAGAGACGUCUGUUUGAGGGGGAGGCGCUGACGCUGCGCAUCGCGCAGUAUAUUGCGAGCGUGUGCGCGGUGCAGGCCCGCGUCAUGGGCCACCUCCGCGCGGCCGACGGCGCGCGCAGCGCCUCAGACGAGUAUCUGUCGCUGCGGCAGGCCUUGCUCGACGCAGACGAGACAUUUGCCGCGUAUGUGCUCACCGAAUCGCCGCUGGCACCCGACGCCGGCGCCGGCGCCGAUAUGACCAUGGACGUGUAUAUGCGCAACGUGCAGUGCGCCGCCGUCAUCAAGAGCCACCACCAGAUGCAGAUGCUCUGCAACCUGCUCACGCACUACGCGCCGUGUCCCGUGCCGCACGCAACGCUGCUCGCGCACCGCCGCCACGCCCUGCGGCGCGUCUACGAGAGCGCGCAGGCCAUCAUCGACAGCCUGCCCGCCGCCAUGGCACCACUCGCCCGCACCACGGUGCUGCAGAGCCCAGGUGUGCUCUUUGACGCCAUGAGGCUGAUAUUUCCGCUAUUUCUGGUCGCGCACGUGCCGUGCACCCGCCAAGAGCACAAGGAAGUCGCCCUGCGCGCGCUCACCUUCAUCGGGACAGAGGUCGGCAUCCGGCAGGCGCUCGUCGGGGGCGGGCCGACGAUGUCGCUGCCACGUGAGGCGCGGGCGCCGCUCACCCUGGACUCAUUAGCCGAGCCGCCGUGGGUGUCGUCGCCGCCGCCGGACUAUACCGUGCUGGGGUUCUGA